UGCUCUCUGUUACUCAUUCAUACACCUGAGUCAGUGGAUGUUACCUGCACCGCUCACUGCUCCAAACAGCGCCCUGAGAACCAGGUGAGCCACCUGGAGCUCUUCGGAUUGGCUGAAGAAAAAUCCAUAGACAGCAGGAGGCAGGAGACGUUGAUGCUGGAUUGACGGAGACACAGAGAAAAGAUGAAGCGUGAGGAGAGGCAGAGACACCUGAAGACUGAUGUCAGAGUCCAGGUGAGGAGGGGUCGAGUCACACAGGCCGUCAGACUGAACAGGUCAGCAGGACGCUCUGGGCGCAGCAGGUGGAGGAAGGUCAGAGGUCACCUGUAUGAGGGAGGGCGGAGCCUGGUGGCGUUUGCGUCAGGGCUGCUGUUGGCGUCUCUGUACGGGGUCGCGGCUCUGUUCCUGCAGAAUCAGCCGCUGUGGUUGUGCGUCUACUCCACGCUGGCGCUGGCCGUCCUGACCGCCUUUGGUCUGGGACUGUCAGCCGGCGUACGAGCCGACGUCGCCGUGCUGCUGCCUUCACUGGUCUCAGCUCGGGGGAGGAGCUUUCUCUUCUUCUUGUUCUGCUCGGUGCUGCUGUCCGGUCCUCUCACCAACACGUUAGAGAACACGGAGCGGGCCGCCGCCAGCCUGCUGUGUGGAGCCCAGCUGGCAGCCAAUCAGACGCAGGAACUGAUGCAGAAAGCAGCCACGCCCCUUUUCUCUGCGUUGGACAGGAUCCGGGCGGUCAGCAGUAACGCUCUCUCUAUCGCAGGACGAGUCCAGAACUUCAUUGGCGCUCUGACUGGUGCCGUCCGCCAUGUUGCUCGCACUCUGAGGAACGUCCUCCACUUCCUGGUUAACAUUGGCGACGUCUGUAACGCCAAACUGGGCUCUCCGUACAGGAAGUGCCGGCAGGUGUUCGCCAAGGCCCGAGCCGACUGCUCCGAGCUGCUGGGAGACUUCAACUUCCUGUGUGACAUCAUGGACAGCUUCCUGCCGCUCUGCAGCAUCGCCCGCGCCGGCGAGCUCUUCUGCUCUGUCCCCGCCUACAUCGCCGACCAUCUGAAGAAACGUCUGGCAGCUCCCGCUGUGGCAGCAUUUGAGCGACUGAAGCAGGAGUUUGACUUUAACCUCUCGGCCUUGGUGACCUUUGACCUGGACGCCAACAGCAGCCGCUCUCUGCAGCAGGUGUCUCAGGACAUCAUGGAGGAGGUUUCAUCAGAGCUGCAGGUGUUUCAGAAGCUGAGUCAGCCGCUGGUGUACAGCGGCCUGGUCCUGCUCGCCUGGUCCUUCUUCAGGGCGGUGCAGUACAGGCGCAGGUUCCUCCAGGAGCUCGACUUUGACAAUAUCUACAUCAGCGCUCAGUUUGAAGAGCUCGACCAGCAGCUGACCUUAGGGGGCGGAGUCUCAGUCCUGCCAAUCACACGCAGAGAAGCGCAGACUUACAUCGCACCAUUGUCGUUUCACCUGACGGCCCGGGAGCAGCGGGCAGUGUUGGUGGGCGUGGCCUCAGUCCUCAGACACCUGGUGAUGGGCGGCAUGCUGGUGGCGCUGGACUUCUUGGUGUUCUGGAUGCUGGACCAGGUGCACCACCAGGUGAAGGGGGACAUUGUGGCCAGAGCCCCGGUCACGGUGGCGGUGCAGGUGAACGGGUCCGGUUACGCCUCCGAUAUCUUCAGAGACCUGGUGGCCUCGUUUAACAUCCUGCAGGGAGGAAACGUGACGGUUAUCAGCAGGAAGUGUCUGCUGGAGCCGUCAGAGCCGGACUACCUCACCUGCUUCAUCCUAGGGUUCCUGUUGGGUCUCUCUCUGCUCGUCUCUCUGAGCGGAGGACUCGUGCAGCGCUGCAGACGACUCGUUUGUGCUUCAUAUCAUCCAGAGAGAGAGCUGGAGAGGAUCCGGUUCCUCCGGAAGCAGAUCCUGGAUCAGAGGAGGAUGGUAGGAAGAGCCCUGAAGUGCUCUGCAACCAGGAGAGGUGGAGGACGAGGAGGAGGAGGAGAAGGUGGAGGAGGAGGAGGUGGAGGAGGAGAGAGUUGUCUUCAAACUCUCCUGCUGAGGUUACCUGGAGGAGCUCACCUGUCUCACCUGCUCGGUCUGUCAUCAGUCAGCUGUCUGUCCUGUGGUGAGGUGGUGAGACAGGCGGAGGACAAGGUGGUCGUCUGUGAUGUCCCACUGUGUCCAGGCCUGUACUGUCGGCCAUGUUUCCACAGUCUGGGAAACACGUGUGUCGUCUGUGCGCGACCUCCAACCUGCCAGGAGGACGGCGAGGAGGAGUGCGGCUCCAGUGAAGACGAACAGCUCAGCUCAUCAUCUGCAGCUCGGAACUCGUCUCACAUUGCCGACCGCAGAGUGAAGACGCCGAAGAUGACGAUCUCAAACUGCAGUGUCAGGAGAACACAAGGACACGAUGGAGGAGGGAGUGACAGCAGUGAGGCAGACGUGACAUACCAGGUCCGACCCGGGUCAGACGACAGCGACGCCUUCUUUGACUCCUUCACCUCACCGAAAACCUGCAGCCUCCAGAACCAAACCCUCCAAACUGUCAUCAUACACACCUGACCGUCCCCAAGACCUCCAGGACUCUGCAGGACCCUCCAGGACCUUCCAGGAGCCUCCAGGACUCUGCAGGAUCCAGUGCCCAGGACCCUGAUUUAGAACCAGUUCUGGAUUAGAGGUUUAACUGUGUGAUUCAAGUUAUUAAAGCA